GCUGGAAUCUACCCUGUUCAGAAACAGGCAUCUUCAUGCAAGCAGCACUGAGGAGCUUCCUCUCACAGAACUAAGCACACUGGAGAAUGUUUAUCUCGAAGACAGCCUUUUGAUCAACAGGAGGUAGUUUCUAAGUAUCAUGUGUAUCAACAAGCUAUAAGAUGAGCACAUCAAACAAUCCAGUCCAGCUGGCCCCUUCUAACCACUCACAUCCACACGAAUACAAGAUCGCAGCCCUUGUCUUCUACAGCUGCAUCUUUAUAAUCGGGUUCUUUGUCAACAUCACCGCACUGUGGGUAUUCAGUUGCACCACCAAGAAGCGAACCUCUGUAACCAUCUACAUGAUGAACGUGGCAUUGUUGGACUUAUUAUUUAUAAUGAGCUUACCUUUUCAAAUGUUUUACUACGCACAAGAGGAGUGGCCCUUUGGAGAACACUUCUGCCACAUUCUUGGGGCUCUCACAGUCUUUUACCCAAGCAUCGCUCUAUGGCUAUUCGCUCUGAUUAGUGCCGACAGGUACAUGGCCAUCAUACAGCCGAAAUAUGCCAAAGACCUUAAGAACACAUGCAAAGCUGCGCUGGCAUGUGCAGGCGUCUGGAUUAUGACUGGGACAACCACUGUCCCCCUGCUUCUGCUCUACAAGGACCCUGACAAGGCCUCCAACCCCCCAACCUGUCAGAAGAUCUUAGACAUCAUCCACUUAAAAGCCGUUAAUAUGCUGAACUUCACACGACUCAUUUUUUUCUUCUUGAUUCCCUUGUUCAUCAUGAUUGGGUGCUACCUAGUCAUCAUUCACAGUCUCCUGCACGGUCGGACAUCGAGGCUGAAACCCAAAGUCAAGGAGAAGUCCAUUCGGAUCAUCCUCACGCUCCUGGUUCAGGUGCUUGUCUGUUUCGUGCCCUUCCACAUCUGCUUUGCCUUCCUGAUGCUGGAUGGGGAGGAAGGGAGGUACAGCCCCUGGGGGGCCUUCAGCACCUUCCUCAUGAACCUCAGCACCUGUCUGGAUGUGAUUCUCUACUACAUCGUUUCAAAACAAUUUCAGGCUCGAGUCAUCAGUGUCAUGCUGUACCGUAACUACCUUCGGAGCGUGCGCAGAAAAAGCUUCCGCAAUAGCAGUCUACGGUCACUAAGCAACAUAAACAGUGAAAUGUUAUGAAUGAUAGGAAGGGAUUUUUUUUCCUUCAA